AUGUCAAGCCAGGUCAUAGCAGCAGCGCGCCAAGUUGUUCGUGAGCUACACGGCGUCGUGGUGAGCGCCGGCCUCAUGCAAAAGACUGUCAAAGUGCGCGUGGGCGGUCAGCAAUGGAAGCAGGCGGUUCAAAAGAUGUUCACAAGGCCCAAGGACUACCUUGUCCAUGACCCAAACUCCUCCCUCCGCACAGGCGACGUUGUUUCAAUUGUUCCCGGAUGGAGGACAUCUCCCUUGAAGCGCCACGUUGUCAAGAGCAUCAUUGCACCUCAUGGCAUACCCAUCUCAGAGCGGCCACCGAUCCCGUCAGAGGAAGAGAGGAUCUCAGCCAAGAUACAGAAGAGAGAGGCAAAGGUUGCCAGACGAACUACAAGGAAACAGGAGGGCUCCUCCCUGACAGAGGUCCCCGUUCAAGUUUGA